AUGGCGGGAAAACGAGUGUCUUCGGGAUCGCGUCUCCUGCUCACCCAGCGGCGACUUCGCGCAUCGGUCCCAACACGAUUUGUCACCAUCGUCAUCCUCGCUCUCGUGUCCAUAUUCGUCCAUGCGACCGCAUCUCCCGCCGCGAUCCCCGCGGUGCUGGAGGUGGGUCGGGAGCUGCGGAACGUCAGCAUGCCAUUCGCCGGCCGUUACAACGCUAACGCUGACGUGGACGCUGACGGCAGCGCGGAUGCUGACGCCAGACGCAGCAGCAGCACCGAGACGACCGCGAGCGCGGAUGAUAACGGGGACGUGAGGGAAGGGCGAAUGUUCGGGCUCCACGGGUUAAGGCCGAGCAUGGGUUACGAGAUUAAGAUCUCCUUCCCUGCAAGUCUACCAGCGCGCUUCCAUCUCGCCCUAAUGGCCGUGGAUCCAGAAGCCGCCACAGGCAGCGACCAGGAAGGUGCUGCCGGUGCAUGGGGAGACCUGGCGAGCGGGCUAGCAGCCAAGUCCAGAAAGAUGCUGGACACGGAGAAGGUCAUUUUCAGGACUGACAAGCACUCCAACGUGCUGCUGCAAGGUCGGCCGCUCGUACCGUCUGCAGCAGUGCAUGUGUGGGCUGAGCCCACAGCAGUAUUUCCAGGGGGGAGUCGUGAGGGUUCAGGGGAUGUGCUUUUCAAUAUAGUCUGUGAGGAGCUACGCUUGGGCAUACCAGGGAAAGGUUUCGAAGUGUGCGCGGAGGCGCUUACGGUCUGGUGGAUGCUGCGGGCAUCACCCCACUACUCCACGUUUACCGCGGGGAGUCGUGGUUUUUCCGGCCGUAACGGCAGUAACGGUGGUAGCGGCUCGGGGACAUUAACGGAGGCGAGGGAUAUCGACAUAGAUGUGCCGGACUACUCGCUGCUGUUCAACGAGGCGCGCACGGCGAAGACGGAGGGGAAGGCGCCGCGCGUGGUGCCGAAGUACGGCGAGGAGAUGGCGGACGUGCCGACGAAGCGAAUCGAAGUGUACCUACCGCCGCCGUCCCCGCAAAGCUCGCCGAAGCAUCGAACUGGCUGCUGCCUCCCGCUGUUUGGACGUCGGUGA